CGCAUGGAGCCAAAAGAAUUGCAAUUUAGCGCCCCUCAAGCGACAGGAAGCGAGUGGAUAUUGCGGUGGUGAUGGCGGAUGAAGACAUUGACUCACUGCUGCAGGAAGGCAUCCAGGCUGCUGCCAAGUCAAAGCAGGACGCAGAUGCAGCGAAGAAGGACAGACCGGAGGAAGACUCGCGUCGCUCUUCUAGACGUCGCAGCAGAACGCGCAGCCGCAGUCACUCGCGACGUCGUCAUCGGGACCGCUCGCGCUCCCGAUCCAGGAGUCCACGCCGCUCCCGUCGUUCUCGUCGCUCUCGCUCUCGCUCUCCACGUCGCAGUCGUGGAAGCUCUCGGCGAGAUCGAGGACGCAGUCGGAGUCGCAGCAGAGAGCGUUCAUCCAGAAAGAAGCGCAAGAGCAAGAGUCGAUCCCGCUCGGCUCCGAAGGAGGAGCGGGAGCGCAGCACAUCUGCCGAGCGUGCUGAACGCGCAAAGCAGCGUGAGCUCAUGGAACUAACAAGAGACCACCGCACAGUCUUUGUGGGUCAAUUAAUCCAAAAAGUGCGUGAGAAGGACCUGGAGCGGUUCCUGAAUAAAACUGGCAAGGUGGAGAACGUGUUGCUGAUCCGCGACAAGUUCACCAAUCGCUCCAAGGGCUUUGCGUACGUGGAGCUGUCGAAUUUGGAAGAUGUACCCAAGGUUUUGCUGCUAAAUGGACAGGUGCCGGACUUCCAGGUAUUCCCCAUCAUGAUCAAGGCUUCGGAAGCCGAGAAGAAUUUCGCAGCCAAGAAAGAUUCGGUUAUGAAUGCCACUGUAGCGUCAAGUGGCUCUCUAACUGAUGCGUCAGGUGCAGGACUCGCAGGCGCGAUAGCUGGGGGUGGCAUGUCGGCUUCUGCGUUAUCUGCAGCGAGUCGGAUCUACUGCGGAAACCUCCACACGAACAUCACGGAGGACGAUCUACGUAUUGUAUUCCAGUCAUUUGGAGAGGUUCUGUCAGUGACGAUCAACCGCGACGAGAUGGGUCGCUCUAAGGGCUUUAGCUUUAUCCAGUUCAGUAGUCCACAGGAAGCGAACUUUGCCUUGUCAAAGGGAAACGGCUUGGAACUGGCAGGCAACUACUUGCGACUGGGUCCAGUGAAUGAGAACGCAGUGAGUAACCGAGCAGGCACAGCCAGUAUGGAUAACAGUGCUACAGGUGGACGCUGGAAGCUGGAGGACGAGGAAGGAGCGGGCUUGAGUAUGAACGCUCAGUCGCGCUCAGCGCUGAUGGCGAAACUCGCUGGUAACGACGUGAACUUGUUCCCGUCCAUGAGUGGAGCUGGAGGGUACGCUGCGUCCACUACUGCGUACACGAAUAGUACGGCGGCUACUGCUGCACAGCGAGCGGAGCAGGCUACAGCGUUGAUGUCGUCGACGGAGAUUGAAGGCAGUGAAUCGUUUUGCUUCGUGGUCAAGAAUAUGUUCGAUGUGUAUCAGGAGCAAAAGAGCGGCAACCCGGAAUGGGCCGUGGAGAUCCAGCAGGACGUGGAGGAAGAGUGUGGACAAUACGGUUCUGUACUACACACGUACGUGGAGAAGGAGAAACAAGGAGGUCUCGUGUACGUGCUGUUUGGGACCGUAGAGGCCGCUGUAGCUGCUGCCAAGAAGCUGCAUGGCCGCUGGUUCAACAAGCGACAGAUUAGUGUUAGGUACUUGUCGUCGCAGGAGUACGUCGGCAUGUUCCCCGAAGCCAGAUCCGCUGUGCAGACGGCACGCGCCAGCCAGUAAGACAAGUCUCAACACUCUACCAUUCUACUCACCCCAACCACACGUACAUCACACAGGACUCAAGUAACAGGGACUUUUCUAGGUUGCCAACUCAAGCUACACACAGAUAGGAGUCCGAUCGACCAGGUGAUAAGCCUUAGGACUCUUUAGUGGCUUGAUGGGAGCAGAUACCAUUCUGAUUGCUUGCAUUCUGAUCGUAGGCGAGCCAAAUGUCCUCUUGGGUUUCUUCUCAAUGGUGGAAGAAGACCUUACACCCGUCUAUAUUUUACGUUUAGCACUACUUGCCACUAUCUACUCUUCGGCUUCGGCCUCGGCUGUGUCUUCAGCCUGAGCAUCCGCAUUCCGUCGCUCUAAUAGCUCAGCCGCUAGUGUGCGCUCGACGAUGCGGAUAAGUUCGUCCACUUGGGUCUCUGAGAAUCGCCCAGCGCAGUCUUCGAUGAUCAGAUGGAUGUCCACAAGCUCCGUGGGGAGGUGGUUAAUGAACUGAAGCUUCUCGGCCGACGUGAGCGCCGGCAAAUCUGCCUGCUCCAGCUCCUUGAGGAAGUCUUGGAUGCUACUGGAGCUCAAUGUGGAGCAGUGCGAGUGGCUCUGGGUGAGGAACUUGAGCACCUUGUGGUCCAUCCAGUUGCGCUCAGCGUAUGCCACCAUCGCCGACUUGUGUAGCCGCUGCUCCUUGCGCUCCUGCAUGAGCGAGAGCACCUCGAAGUCGCUCAGCGAGCCCUCAUUAAUCAGCAGCACCUUCAUGGUCUUGUGCAGUGAAUUUGAAGUGAACCAAUCGCUUGGUGGACGAGCUGGAUAGCCAAAAGCCUGCAGUUUUAAUGAUAAAAUAUGUGCACCAUGGCAUAAAACAGUGGAAUUAGUGCUUUCACAUCUUAAAACUACAAGUGUCUAAAUUGCUAUCUCGG